GCUUAAUCUUAUCCCUCAUCAGUAUUUGACAAAAGGCAAUUAUUGAUCCUGAGCAAAGCACGGGAAGACGAAACGUGGUCGUUUUGUGCAUUUGGGGAAAAACGGCGGCGUUUCGUGGCCUUCAUCCAUUCCUUGGCAACAUCACUUUCUCCUUUCGGCUGUGUCCUCACAGUCGUUAAGAACCCACCCUAGUAAAGGUCUCAAACCACGUUCUUCCCCAGACCCAUCUCUCUCUAUAUCUCUGGGUCCGUUGACCUAGAAGUUUUAUUCGCGGAAGACCAAAUCACUGUUUUCAAGUCCCAGAUCUGUUAAUCUCAGGCCUGAAUUCCACAAAUCAAAGAUCUCAGUGGAAUCACAAAGUCGCUGUCGUUUUGGUGCUCAAUCCGUAAGAUCCAGUUCAGGUUCUGAGGUUCUUGACUGCUUGUUAAUCCUUUAUUGUAAACCUGUUGGGUUUGUUCUAGAUCUGGUUGGAGCGUUAAAACGCCGUCGUUUUGGACUGAACCAAGUUGGGGUUUUCUCUUUUGGGAGUUCAAGACUCUUUAGGCUUUGCUUACAGAUCUGGGUUUAAUAGUAUUUAUCGUCCUGUUGCUUGAUUUGAUAAAUUGGAAAUGUCGAUUUUACCGAAAGGGGAUUCGAUUCAAAUCCGAGAAGUGUGGAAUGAUAAUCUUGAUGAAGAGUUUGCUAUAAUCCGUGAGAUUGUUGAGACGUAUAAUUAUGUUGCUAUGGACACCGAGUUCCCCGGCGUGGUUCUUCGCCCGGUGGGGGCCUUCAAGAACAUCAAUGAUUAUAACUACCAGACCCUGAAAGACAAUGUCGAUAUGUUGAAAUUGAUUCAAUUGGGUCUCACUUUCUCUGACAAGAAUGGUAAACUUCCCGAUCUCGAUACCCAGAACCAAUACAUUUGGCAAUUCAAUUUCCGUGAGUUCAAUGUAAGCGAAGACAUCUUCGCUAGCGAUUCGAUUGAGUUGCUGCGCCAAUGUGGGAUUGAUUUCAAGAAGAACAAUGAGAAGGGAAUUGAUGUGAAGCGGUUUGGUGAGCUUUUGGUGUCUUCAGGGGUUGUAUUGAAUGCUGAAGUGCAUUGGGUUACUUUUCAUAGUGGAUAUGACUUUGGAUACUUGCUUAAGCUAUUGACUGGUCUGAGUUUGCCCGACUCCCAAGCGGGUUUCUUUGAAUUGAUCAAGGCCUUCUUCCCAGUGGUGUAUGAUAUCAAGCAUUUGAUGAAGUUCUGCAAUAGCCUUCAUGGUGGGUUGAACAAGCUUGCAGAAUUGUUGGAGGUGGAAAGAGUUGGUGUGUGCCAUCAAGCAGGCUCAGACAGUUUGCUUACAGCUUGUACGUUUAGGAAAUUGAGGGAUACCUUUUUCGGUGGCACAGCUGAGAAAUAUGCUGGUGUAUUGUAUGGUCUCGGUGUUGAGAAUGGACAGAGUACUAAUUGAAAGAAAAUAAUUGUCAAAAGAUUGAUGGAUAUUUGUAGACUAUUUGAGUGUGAGACAUGGUAGUUUUCUCUGUACACUUUCGCAAAAGAAUUGUUGUUUUAGUUUUAACUUUUUCCUCUUUGCUUGCUUGUAACAGAAACCUUAACUGGUUAUGUAGCUCCGAGUUUCUUGUAUAUUAUUGCAGUUAGUGUUUCAAUAAAAGUUCAUGACGUUUUCUUUUAA